AUGUCUGAGGUUCAAGCAGAUGCAGAAGUCGUAUCAACAGGUCCCGAGCCGGAGUAUCCUGCGCUGGCUCCUCGACAGGUUACCCUUCGUGAUCGGGUGACGGUGGCGACUCUAGUGCCCUUCGCCUCCGCGGACGAUGUACCCCGGCCGUUACUGAAGUAUCUCUCCGAUCAAUUUAACAAGGAAAUUGAAAAGGGAGAUACUUAUGCCAUGUCCGAACCGAUUCCAUUGGCCCAAUUUGGCCGAUAUUGGUUCUCUAGUUUUGGCGUGGUGAUGUUACUCGGCGAUAUCGAGAGUGCGGAGCAGACGCACUCUAUGGACCGGGCCGGUGCCAAUUGGACCAAAAUUUGUCUCGGUGGCUUUCACAUUCGUCCCAAUUACCCCGGUAGGAGUAGUCAUGUCUGCAAUGGUACCUUCAUCGUGACAGAUGCUGCUCGAAACAAGGGUGUUGGUCGACUAAUGGGCGAGUCAUACCUGGAAUGGUCUCCUCGACUGGGAUACACAUAUGCUGUUUUCAACUUGGUUUACGAAUCUAACGUUGCAUCCUGUCGCUUGUGGGACUCGCUGGGUUUCAAGCGUAUCGGCAGAGUCCCUGGUGGAGGUCAGCUGAAGUCACAGCCCGGCGAGUAUGUCGACGCAAUUAUAUAUGGCCGUACGCUUAGUCUUGAUGGCGAGGACUCUGUCUCACAGGAUCGGUUCGAGAAGAUUCGCUACUAUCUCAAGCAUUCAAAGUAUCCUCGUGGUGCAGAUCGAGCCGAAAAGAGUCGACUCCGUAGUGCGGCCACUCAUUACAAGCUCACGGGUGGCGAGGAUGGCGAACCGGAAAGACUUAUGCUCAAAGAUAAGGAAGUAGUAUCAGACCCACAGCAGCAAUAUGAGAUUGCACAGGAGGUUCAUUUGAAGCAACAUGCUGGAAUCAACAAGACCACAGCAGCAAUUGCCAUCAAAUAUCACUGGGUUCGGAUCAAAGAGACCGUCAACAGAGUGAUUCGAGACUGUCCGCAAUGCAAAGAGACACUCAAACUGCCACCAAUUCCCGGCACUAAGGACGAGGAUUCGUCUCCUUCAGUUGGGGCAUCGGAUGUGCCCGAUCAAAGUAUGGAGAUUGAUCACUCAAAGCAGGCGAUUGAAAUUCCACAGGAUAUGGAUGAAGCACCGGAUGAGUCUCCCAGUCAUAAUCCUUUUAUGAACCCUCAGCCUCCUGCGACCGUUCCUGGGGCGGUGCAUCCCAUGGCGAACUUCAAUCAAAUGCCUCUCGAUCCUCAAAUCAUGCUGCAGCAGCAAGUUCGACGCCAGCAACAGCAACAGCAGCAGCAGCAGCAGCAGCAGCAACAUCAUCACCACCACCAACAACACCAACAACACCAACAACACCAACAACACCAACAGCAACAUCAGCAACAUCAGCAACAUCAGCAGCAGCAGCAGCAGCAGCAGCAUGCCAUGGCCGGUGGAUUCGCCCCGGUUCCACAUAUGAACAUUUCCAAUUUUGAUGAUUUAAUGCGUUAUCACACAGCGAACAAUGCCUAUCAAAUGAUGGUUGAUGACGGCUCCGACCCUUUUCGACAGGAGGUGCUUGGGUUGAUGAACCCACCUUCCCACGACUUGCAACAUGAUGCAGAGCUACUCGCUAAGUACGAGUAUGGCAGUCCAUCGGAAGGAAAUUAUGACUUUACUUAA